GUUGUCGUUGAACGCCGUCUCUGACUACACUCUGUCGAUGACACCACCGAGUUCCAAGAUGGUACCACUGAGAUGUCUUUUGUUUUUGGUGGCUUCCUACUUCUGCCAUCUGGGAGGCACAGCUGCAGGGGACGACAAAUUGAUGACUCGGGACAGCGGUAUAUGGAAUGAAACAUCUGAACGUUCUGGUUCCGUCGCAUUCACAGCAGUUAAAACCAAUAACCAGAGACUUGGUUAUAAACAGGCUGUCAAGUUUGAGAAAGUCUUACUGAACGAAGGUUAUGGCUACCGUGCGCACAAUGGCAUUUUCUGUGCCCCACGAACCGGGGUGUACGUGUUUACUUCGAGCCUGCUCCAUCAAGGCGAGGGUAUCACAGUCCAUUUCGCCAUUGUUCACGAAGGCAGACUUAUGGCUGGGUUCCAUGCCAACGCCGAAUGGGAGCAGUUCAGCCAAACCGUCAUCAUACGGGUGAGGAGGGGCGAAACAGUGUCUGUAAGAAACCUCAGGGGCAAUAAUCCAACCAUUUAUGGCGACGAAUUUUCCACCUUCUCUGGUUACCUACUGAAGUGAACACCAAUGAAAUGACGAUAUCUACUUGUUUUAUCUUUCGAUUUCGCGAACACUCCACACUGGUUUUGUUAUGAAUGUAUUUAUGAAUGUGAAGUCUGUAAACUUUAAAAAAAAAUCCUUUUUACCUAUUAUUCUUUAGUGUAUGUUUCUUUCUAAUAAAAUCGUAAGCAAAAACCUCACAA